CUAGAAGUGAAAAACUCCAAAUUUCUCCAGAAGAAAGAAGAAUAUAACUGUAAUUUAAAGAAAAGUACCUCCUCUUCCUCCUCUCCUUAUUUUUCUUCUCCUUCUUCUUUUGUCCUGAUCUUUCUUCUUCCUGUUCUUCUCGUUCUUCUUGUUCUUCUUGUUCUUGUACUUGGUCUUCUCCUCAAUUCUUCUUCUUCUUUUCUUCUUUGUGAUUCUGAUGGCAUUGAGCACAGCCCAGUAAAAGACAAAUGAACAAGCUUGGAGUGUGUCUGAGUUUCCUGCAGCAUCAGGAGAGGGAGAGAGAGACACCAUGAUUCCUACCAAGAUGCUACUGCUCUUGCCGUCAAUGGCUUUGCUGGCCUUGGGGUCUGCUCAGGGACAUCGAUGACGGUAAAUUGGGGAGAUAGAAGAUCAUGCAAGCAUGCAGAUGAUGAAUUGUUGAAAGAAAACCCCACGGAAUCACAAGUGAAACCUCAAGAAGAAAAUGGAGAUCAGAAUGGCAAGGCGAGCAAAGAUGAAGACAAACACAAUGGACAACAGAAGAAGCCUCAUGACCAUGGUGUCCAGGGAGACCAGGCCACUCUAUUUAACAUAAGUGGCCCACAUCACCCACAUUGCCCACAUUGUCCUGGAGGCCAACAAGGUCCUCAGAGACCAGGUUGCCAAGGUGGUCCAGGUGGCCCACAGGGUCCAGCAGUCCAACAAGGCCCAGGUGGCCAACAACGUCCAGGAGUCCAAGGUGGUCCAGUUGGCCCACAGCGUCCAGCAUGCCAACAGGGCCCAGUUGGCCUACAUCAUCCAGGGACUCAAGGUCAUCCAGAUGGUCCACAGAGUCUAGCAGGGCAACAGAGCUCAGGUGGCCAAGGUGGUCUAGUUGGCCAGCAUGGCUACCGUGGUGUCCAGUGACAAGGAAACCAAGUAAAGAGGACCUCCUAUGAUUUACUAGGUAUUAAUUCUAUUCAUCUCAAUAAUGUGUGGGAAUAAUGUGUGGGAAUGCACACUGGCACAGCCACUAUAAAAAACAGCAUGGCGGUUCCUCAGAAAAUUACAAAUACAACUACAAUGCAAUCCAGCACUUCCCUUUUGGGUAUUUAUCCAAAGAAAAUGAAAACACUAUUUUGCAAAGAUACCUACACCCUAAUGUUCACUGCAUCGUUAUUUACAAAGCCUAGCUAUGGAAGGAGCUAUCCUCAUGGCCAUGGAUAGAGGAAUGGACAAAGAAGACGUGGUGUGUAUAGACAAUGGAGUAUUAUAUAACACUAAAGAAGAAGGAAAUCUUGACAUUUGAGACAACACAGAUGGAUCUAGAGAGUACAAUGCUGACUGAAAUAAGUCAAUCAGAGACAGGUAAAUACCAUAUGAUUUCAAAAGUAUGUGAAAUCCAAAAACCAAAAUAAAUGAGCCAACAAAACAAAACAGACCUAGUUAUCCAGUGCCUGCCAGAAGGCAGGGGAUGGAAGGAUAGUCAAAUAGGAUUCAAAGCAAUUGAAAAUGUACAAGAGUAUAUUUAAAAAAUAUAAGGUACAAGGAUACAAGAUAUACGUAUACAUAAGAUAUACAAGAUAUACACAUACAAGAACAUAGGAAAGCAGUUAAUAAUAUGCAACCAUUUUGUUUGCUGUAGAUGGUAGCUCAAUUUUUCUUGGUGAACCUUCACAAUGUAUAGAAAUGCUGAAUCACUAUGGUGUACACUUGAAACUAAUGUAAUAAUGUAGGUCAAGUACGCUUCUAUCCGGGACCCUAAGAUCCUGACCUGACACUUAACCAACUGAACCACAAAAGCACUCCUAUAAAACUUAUUCUUAAUCUUCCUUUGAAUAUACAGUUAAUACAAAAAGAAAGUCCUUUCAAUUUUCAAAAAAUAGCUUUUCCCUCCAUAACCAAACAGGUUUAGGCCUGUAUUAAAUGAGAAAUCAAAAUGCCCUUUUAUCAAAGUCAAAGAAUGUUUAUAAUGAUAUUCAACAAUCCAAAAUUUUCUACUGAAACGUCACUCCUUCCCAUCAAAAAUCAAAGGCAAGUUCAUUCAUAAGGGGCUGGGAGACUAUUUAUUAUGCAAUAAGACUAUGUGCCUGCACACUUUGAGACCCAACCACAAUAUUCUCUCACCUUCUCUCCUUCAACCACAUCAAACUCUACAGUUUCUCCAUCUCCUACACUGCACAGGCAUUUCCGUGGGUUAUUCUUGAUGGCAGUCUGUCAACAGAACAGAAAGUUUUAAAUGAAGCAACAUCAAUAGUGGCCAUAGAUUUUAUCGCUGCAGUUUAUUGCCUGUAUUAUUACUUUUUUACAUUAUCAUUCUCCCACUAACCUGGAUCUCCAAAACAAUAACAAAAUAAACAAAAAACACUGUAAAUCUGUGUUCCACAUCAUUUUCUUGAUUCACACUACCUUUGAUAAUUCUCCUUCAUAGGCAGAUUAAACAGAAUUUUGGUUACUUGAUACUUCUGUUACAGCCUGAUGAUGAUAUUGGAUACUAUUAGUUCCUUCAAAUGAUUCCGCAUCUAAGAUUCUGACUGUACCUCUAUCACUGGUGGGGCAGGGGCAAUGCCUUGAUGAAAUCUUGCAUAAACACACAAAUACACCUUUCAGGUAGAGAGGUUUCUAUAGACCAGAGAAACUGCUAACCUCAAAAAGAAUUGUAACCUAUGUGGAGGAG